AUGUCGCGGAAAGCCCAGGACUUGGUGCAUGAUGAGAGCUCAUCGGAAAGUGAGGAUGAAUUCUCCGCUUUUGAAGAUGAGGACACUCCAGUGAAUUCCACCGAUCAGAUGGAUGUCGAUGAUGCCGACUCAGACGAGGACGAACUCGAGCGACUCGUUCUCGGAAACAAAGCAGGUUUCCGGGAGAAUCUCUUCAGAAAUGCAGCAGACUCGGAUGAAGAUGAGGCCCUGAGGGGUCUGAGACUGGAUGGUGACGGACAAGCACCUGGAACCACCGGCCACGAGGACCUGGAUGACUCGGCCCUUUUCAUGUUCGAUACUGGCUCGGCGCCUGCCGAUGGGAAGCAGCUCACCGAAACGGUCAAGCAUGUGGCUAGGGACGACGUACCUCAGCCUGCUUGGGUCGACAGCGACGACGAGAGGCUAGCCGUCUCACUCGCCGGUGUCAAGCAGCUGCGGAAGCUGCGGGAGUCCGAGGCUGAUGACCUGGUCAACGGGACAGAGUAUACCAGGCGCCUGCGGCAGUACUACCUACGGCUCAACCCGCUUCCAUCAUGGGCCAAGGAUUCUUCAGAGCGCAAGACGAAGAGGCGGCGGAGAUCAUCUGCUGCCUCGUCGGGCUCAGGUUCGUCGUCGGGUUCUGAACUCAGCGGUGACGAGGAGGACAUCGCCGCCCUGCCACUGGAGCGGUUCCUUCGCGAUGCGGGCGCUCUCCAGGGCGAGGGCGGGAGGAGGAAGAAGCGCAAGCUCCGGCCCGAAGUCAUCGACAUCCAGCGCACGCGCGACAUCCCCGACGCGCACAAGGGCCCCGUCGAGUCAAUCUCCUUCCACCCUCAGCAUCCGGUCCUCCUUUCCUCGUCAAAAUCAUCAAUCCUGUAUCUCCACCACAUCGACCCCAGCGCACACCCCACGCCAAACCCACAACUCACUUCCGUGCAAGUCAAAUCCGUGCCCAUCCGGCGCUCCGCGUUUCUGCAUCCCGACGGCGGCGAGAUCAUCUUCGCAGGGCGGCGGCGGUUCUUCCACAGCUGGAACCUGUCUACGGGCCUCGUCAAGAAGGUCACCAAGAUCCAAGGCCACCAGGAAGAGCAGAAGACCAUGGAGAGGUUCCGGCUCAGCCCCGACGGGAAGCACAUGGGCCUCAUCGCGACGAGUCGGAAGGGCGGUGGCAUGCUGAACAUUGUCAGCGUGAGCAGCAUGCAGUGGGUUGCGCAGGCGAGGCUGGAUAGCCGUGGUGGUAUCGCGGACUUCGCCUGGUGGAGGGAUGGCCAGGGAAUUACCAUCCUCGGCAGGGACGGCCAGGUUGCCGAGUGGUCGCUCGCGACAAGGCGGACGCUGGGCAUCUGGAGGGACGAGGGCUCUAUCGGUGGCACGGUGAUGGCCCUGGGCGGACGCGAUGGCCCGCAGGGAGUCGGCGGGGACAGGUGGGUCGCUCUGGGCUCGACCAGCGGCGUGUUGAACAUCUACGACCGGAGCGAGCUCAUCUCCAAGGCUCAAGGGGACGCCAUCGAGAUCAAGCCUCUGCCGACGCCCACGCGCAGCUUCGAGCAGCUGACCACGCCGAUAACGGUUACCACGUUCAGUCCGGAUGGGCAGCUGCUCGCGUUUUCCAGCCAGCACAAAAAGGAUGCGUUCAAGCUCGUGCACCUCCCGAGCUGCACGGUCUACAGGAAUUGGCCGACUGAGCAAACGCCCAUGGGCAGGGUCACGGCGGUCACAUUCGGGAAGUCGAAGGACACUGAUGUGCUGGCAGUAGGCAACGACGUUGGCAAGAUCAGGAUGUGGGAGAUCAGGAAUUAG